AUGGAUAGAGAGAUCGAGAACGUCAAAUUGUCUCCUGAUAUCGCACCAAUACAUCAACUAACCGCAAAGGUUUUUGCGAUUGAUACAAUUUACAUGCAAGAAGAAUGGGUCCCACGUAACUGCGAGUUCUGCAUCGACGACCUAGAUCAGCCGGACUGGUAUUAUCCUUUCAGAGACAGUGACUUUAUCCAUGUUGGUGGACUGGGGGGAGACCGCCAGCUUUUGACGUGCAUCCUACAGGGUGCAUACCGGUAUGGCCUCACACCACGUAUCGCUCAUGCUAAUACAGUAUCAGGUGCUGCUCACCGAAUGGCAUGUUGGAAAUAUGGGACAGCAACCCACGGCUUUACCGACGUUGCGGAGCACGUCUAUCGUAUACCACUUAACACGGAACGGCCGAUGACCCAGAAAUCGGUUGUGGUGGGCUGGGCAGACGGAUUUGAAGCGUACAGCAUGGAUUUACUGGUUAAGCACCUAGGAAAGCGCCAUCUUGAAGUUUUUCUCAUCUGUGCUGCCGCGCGUCAAGCCCUGCGGAAAGGGGUGGAAGGCUGGCUCGAAAUGUAG